AUGGCAGAUUUUCCAGCGUUGGGAAACUCUUCUAUAAGAGAUGGUGCCAAUGGCCCGUCACUCUUGUCUUUUUCUACGAUAGCUGGCGGACGAGGUCCGGCAGGACCGGACGGCCUAAGAAGCGGAAACGGUACGAACCCACAAUCAGCGGAUUUCACAAUCGACGACUUUCCAGCAUUGACACCAACUGCGUCCGCAAACCAACCACAUCACCCGCAAAUAUUGAAUCGAACAGGCAGCAUCCCGGGUGCAGGGCGCGAUAUGUCAGCAUCAAAUGGUAUCGCUCCUAAUGGAGGUAUGGGAAUGGCAAUGGGACCUGUUACUGGAUUUGGACCAUCAUCGGUUAUUGGGAUGCCUGCGAAUGCAGGAGUAACCCCAAGAGUUCCUCCACCACCCGGUACCGCUCCAAUAAAACGACCUAUUGGUGCUGGAUCCAAUUACGCAUCCAAAGCGCAACAGCCACAGGGUGGUGAAAUCGUUGGCACCAGAGCAUCGACACCAGCAGACCCACCAGCAUCCGGCUCAACGCCGAUUCCCCCAGCUGGAACCACAGAUAAAUAUGGAUUGUACGGUCUCAUCGACGUGAUACGAAUGACAGAUCCAGAUAUGAACAUGCUGUCUCUUGGAUGCGAUUUGACUGGGUUGGGCCUUAACCUUAACUCAAAUGACGCUCUUUAUUCUACAUUUAUGUCACCCUUCUCCGAGCACCCGACGUUAGGAUCCGAGCCCCAGUUUGCAUUACCACCGUGCUACAAUCUUCUUCAAUCUCCACCUCCAUCCAUGACGAAAAUAGGUAGCUUCUCCGAUGAGACACUGUUCUAUAUUUUCUACGCCAUGCCCCGCGAGUCACUUCAGGAGGCGUCCGCACAAGAGCUGUAUAACCGUAACUGGCGAUUCCACAAAGAGUUGAAAUUAUGGCUGAGUAAAGACGCUACUCUGGAAACUGUGAAGGGAGCUGGAUUUGAGCGGGGAAUUUUUGUCUUUUUCGACCCAACAAGUUGGAUGCGAGUUAAGAAGGAGUGGAUUGUGUAUUAUGAUCAGUUGGAGGAGCGCGGACCUCUUGCCGGAGACAUUCGAGUGGCAAGGCCUGGAGGAGUAAAUCUGGUUACUAGUGGCGGCCCACCACCAGGGGUAGCGUUGGAAUUUGGUAGCCUCGGGCCGGCAGGGUUCAGCGGUGACCGAGCGACUGGCGGAGGAAGUAUAGAUCCAAAUACGGCUAGUGGUGCAACGACUGCUGCAUUACCCGGAUGGCCGAACACGUCGAUGCAACAACAGCAGUCAGCCGCGAACUUUUUCGGAGGGCUCGCAUCUUCAUCACAGGGCAGUACACUACAAGUGGAUCAGGGUGGUGGGCCGCUGGGGUCGAACAGCGGCAACGGGGGCGUUCAGGGAUCAACUCCUGGGGUGAUUGUUGCAGCAGGACGAUGA